CACCCAGACUAACACGCUGUUCUGGGUUUGAUGAGACCCCCACACUCUCAUCUGUGUGAACUCCACUAGUGGGAUGAGGCGGAGAUCCUCGCGCGCCUCUGGUGACGCAGGACAACCGCGUCGCGCCGCUCCACGCGCACCGCAUCAGAGAGAUGCGAAAAGAAUCGCGCGUCCGUGACUUUGGUGUGAACAUGCGUGUUCUGUGGUGACCGGGCACACACACAGAUCUGAGAAGAACCAGGUCUAAUUUCUAUGAAGACAAACCCACGGACUCUGGUGCUUUAUCUGAGGCGGAGGGACGGGGAUUCGACCCAACACCCGCAGGUGAGCGACAGCAGAAAGACACCUACAGUUUGGAGGAAUUUUCUGCAGCACUUUGGGGAUAAUUAGCUGCUCUGUAACUGCAGGAAGGAGGAAAAAAAAAAACAAAGAAAAAGAAAAAGUGGAUUUGGAUUGUGUCUUAGUGGUGGAUGGAUGCUGUGGCUGUGGGGCCGAGCCGGGUCCACGCUGAGGAAUUUAUCCUAAAAUGUUUGUGAGGUGAGAAACAGCUGGAGACAGAAAACAUCUGCGUGACCUGUGACACUACCAGAAACACCUGCUCCUGCCACGGAGGGAAAGGUUUCUGGGAGAAUGUGAAACUGGAGCUGCAAAGACCCUGAAGUUCUGCCCGUCUGCUACCUGAGACAGGUAUGUCUGAAACAGGAAUCCAAUCUGCAGGAAACCCCCUGGGUCGGUGCUGGUAGGUGGGACGACCCACAGUGGUCCACGCUGGCCUAGGUGACAAGGACUCCAUGUUCUGGCUCGUCCCGUUCUCGCCACAUCCCCACCUGCCUGCUGACUGUGUGAUCGCAUCGCCGCUCUUUCCCUGCAGCUCGAUACAUAAAAACAUGGCGAAGGGUUGGAUUCCCCCAUUCGCCCACGGCUGUCUCUUGUCUCUGCUGAUGCUGGAGAGCUGCUGGCUGCUCUGCUCUGCCUCCCAGAAAACCUCCAUAUUAACAGACUCUCAGUCCCAGCAGGAGUAUGCCCACUCCAUCCGGCUGGAUGGUGACAUCAUCCUGGGUGGUUUGUUCCCUGUGCAUGCCCGUGGUGAGAGGGGCGUGCCCUGCGGUGAGCUGAAGAAGGAAAAGGGCAUCCAUCGGCUGGAGGCCAUGCUGUUUGCCAUCGACCUCAUCAACAAGGACCCUGAGCUGCUGCCCAAUGUGACUCUUGGAGCACGAAUCCUCGAUACCUGUUCACGGGACACUUACGCCCUGGAGCAGUCGCUCACCUUCGUUCAGGCGCUCAUUGAGAGGGAUGGUUCAGAUGUCCGCUGUGCCAAUGGUGAACCACCUAUCUUUGCCAAACCGGAUAAGGUGGUGGGGGUCAUUGGGGCAUCAGCCAGCUCCGUGUCCAUCAUGGUGGCCAACAUCCUGCGACUAUUCAAGAUUCCUCAGAUCAGCUACGCCUCCACGGCUCCAGAGCUCAGUGACAACACCCGCUAUGACUUCUUCUCCCGUGUGGUUCCUCCUGACUCCUACCAGGCUCAGGCCAUGCUGGACAUCGUCACUGCGAUGGGAUGGAACUUUGUGUCCACACUGGCCUCCGAGGGAAACUACGGCGAGAGUGGCGUUGAAGCUUUUGUCCAGAUUUCCAGAGACACAGGUGGUGUCUGCAUUGCUCAGUCUUUAAAGAUUCCCCGAGAGCCGAAAACUGGUGAGUUUGAUAAGAUUGUCCUGCGUCUGCUGGAGACACCCAAUGCCCGAGCAGUCGUCAUGUUCGCCAAUGAAGACGACAUCCGGAGAAUCCUGGAUGCAGCAAAACGUAACAACCUGACGGGUCACUUCCUGUGGGUGGGGUCUGACAGCUGGGGGUCAAAAAUCUCUCCUGUGGUGCAGCAGGAGCGAGUGGCCGAAGGCGCCAUCACCAUCCUGCCAAAGAGGGCCUCAGUGGACGCGUUCGACCGUUACUUUAAGAGCCGCUCGCUGUCCAACAACCGCAGGAAUGUGUGGUUCGCUGAAUUCUGGGAGGAAAACUUCAGCUGUAAACUAGGAAUGCACGGCAAGAGACCAGGCAGCCCCAAGAAGUGCACAGGUCUGGAGAAAGUUGGCCGUGACUCCACCUACGAACAGGAGGGGAAGGUGCAGUUUGUGAUGGACGCUGUGUACGCCAUGGCCCACGCUCUGCACCACAUGCACCGACAGCUCUGUGCCGGAUACACGGGUCUGUGUCCACGGAUGGCCAACAUUGAUGGUAAAGAGCUGCUCGCCCACAUCCGAGCGGUCAGCUUCAAUGGAAGUGCAGGGACCCCAGUCAUCUUUAAUGAGAACGGUGACGCUCCUGGACGCUAUGACAUCUUCCAGUAUCAGAUUAACAACAGGUCGACAGCAGAAUAUAAGGUCAUUGGACACUGGACGAAUCAGCUGCAUCUAAAUAUGGAGGUCCUGCAGUGGACCACCGGUGAAUCCUCCCUACCAGCCUCUGUCUGCAGCCUGCCCUGCCGCACCGGAGAGAGGAAGAAGGUGGUGAAGGGUGUAUCAUGUUGCUGGCACUGUGAGCGCUGUGAGGGAUACCACUUCCAGGCCAGUGAGUUCACCUGUGAGCUCUGCCCCUACGAGAAGAGACCCAACCAGAACCGAACUGGCUGCCAGCCCAUCCCCAUCAUCAAGCUGGAGUGGAGUUCACCCUGGGCGCUGGUGCCCGUCUUCAUCUCUGUUCUGGGCAUCAUCGCCACCACCUUCGUCAUCGUCACCUUCAUCCGCUACAACGACACACCUAUUGUCCGCGCCUCAGGGCGGGAGAUGAGUUAUGUGCUGCUGACGGGCAUCUUCCUGUGUUACAUCAUCACCUUCCCUAUGAUCGCAGCACCGGAUGUUGUCGUGUGCUCCUUCCGGCGGAUCUUCCUGGGGCUUGGCAUGUGCUUCAGUUAUGCUGCACUUCUUACCAAAACCAACCGCAUCCAUCGCAUCUUUGAGCAGGGUAAGAAGGCAGUGACGGCGCCACGCUUUAUCUCCCCGGCCUCCCAGCUGGUCAUCACUUUCUCACUGAUCUCCGUGCAGCUGCUGGGCAUACUUGUGUGGUUCACCGCCGACCCACCUCACACCUUCGUGGACUACGGUGAGCAGCGUACGCAGGAUCCCGGGAGUGCUCGUGGUGUCCUCAAGUGUGAUAUCUCUGACUUGUCGCUCAUCUGCUCGCUGGGCUACAGCAUCCUCCUGAUGGUCACAUGCACUGUUUAUGCCAUCAAGACUCGAAGCGUGCCAGAGACCUUCAACGAGGCCAAGCCCAUUGGAUUUACUAUGUACACCACCUGCAUCAUCUGGCUCGCCUUCAUCCCCAUCUUCUUUGGCACAGCACAGUCGGCAGAGCGGAUGUACAUUCAGACGGCUACGUUGACUGUCUCCCUCAGCCUCAGCGCCUCUGUGUCUUUGGGAAUGCUCUACAUGCCGAAGGUCUACAUCAUUAUUUUCCACCCUGAGCAGAAUGUCCCGAAACGAAAACGCAGCUUCAAGGCCAUCGUCACUGCUGCCACUAUGACCAGUAAGCUGUCACACCUGGCUGCCGAGCGGCCCAACGGAGAAGUAAAGACUGAGCUGUGCGAGGGCGUGGAGGCCAGUGCACCGCCAACCAAAACUACCUACGUCAGUUACACCAAUCAUGCCAUGUGAGUAAACAGCGCCUCCUGAACAAGGAUAUAUGAGGAUGUCCCUGGACGGAUUUUUUUUUUUCAAAGAUGUUGGACCAUGUGACCAAACACAAUGUUUGACAAACCGAACCAACAUGUCUGAGCUAUUUUUAUGUUUACAGACUGCAAGGAAGGAUCAAGUCAACUGAAAAAAACUUGAAGAGGAUGCUAACGUAAAGGAAAAAAAAUGGAAAAACCUAAAAAAGAAAAAUUGGGAACCAACCAUGUUUGUUGUUAUUCUAACUGUAUGUAAAAAAAAAAAAAAAUUGUGGUUGUGAAAAUUUCUGGUUCUUGUCUCAUGUCGUCCGUCUUUCGACUUGCAUUAUGAGAUGAGUCCAUCGUAAGCUCUGCUAACUGAGUGUUAGCUUUUGGUUGUGAAAUGGUUGAAAUGAAGCAUGCCCGUUUUUAUACAAAUGAUCUAUUUAUAAUAAAGGAAUGUUUCACAAAACAGUGCCA